UCACAUAGCUUACAACAAGGUCAUUUUGAAUGGUCUUGAUUUCUUGAAAAAAUACAGUAGAGUGAAAUGUCUACAGUAAUAGUUAAAAUUGAACCUCAUGAAGAAGAAGAAAUUAAUACAUUAAUUGAUGAAAAGCUUUUCCGUCAGAAUGAUAUCUUGCCCAAAACGAUCAAACAAGAACUUGAUACUGAUACAACAACCAAGGUGUAUUAUCUUAAUGUCGCUGACGUGAAUAAUUGGGACGAUAACAAAGAAGUGCAGCAAGGAAAUCAAUUUGUGGGAGACAUUCCAUACAAAAGUUCUGAACAUAUUGUUGGCGAUACUUUAUCUACUAAGAGACCACAAACUUCAGAUGGUUUGAAAUGUGUCCAGUGUGGUUACACUGCUAAUAGGAAGUACAUAUUGAAAAGACACCUUGUAAGACACAAGACCUCUAAGGAUUUAAAAUGUGGUAUGUGUGAUUACAAAACCAAUUAUAAAUCCUGUUUGAAAGGGCAUCUGUUAACACACAAGACUUGUAAAGAUCUUGAAUGUGCCCAGUGCGAUUAUACAACAAAUAACAAAAAGUAUCUCAAAUAUCAUCUUGCAAUACACAAAAUUUCCAAGGACCUGAAAUGUGCCCAGUGUGAUUACGAAACUAAUCUUAAAUUUCGUUUAAAUAAACAUCUUUUAAAACACAAGACUUCCAAAAAUUUCAAAUGUACCCUGUGUGAUUAUGGAACCAAUCUGAAGUUUCGUUUAAAUGCACAUCUGUUAACGCACAACCCUUCCAAGGAUAUUAAAUGUAACAUUUGUGAUUUUGGAACAAAUAGCAAAAAGAACCUCAACCGCCAUCUUGCGAAACACAUGGCUUUGAGAAAUUUUAAAUGUGCCUUAUGUGAUUAUUCUGCGAGUAUAAAAUCCCGGUUACGUACACACCUAUUAACACACAAAACGAAGGACAUAAAAUGUGACAAGUGUGAUUACAAAACUAAUAACAAAAACCAAUUAAGUGUACACCUACUAAAACACGUAACUUCUAAAGAUUUUAAAUGUUCCUUAUGUGAUUAUGCAACAUAUAGCAAAAGGAACCUUGAGCAACAUUUCCUAAAUCAUAAGCCUUCUAAGGAUUUUAAAUGUACCCAGUGUGAUUACGGAACUAAUAAAAAAUCGCAGUUUAAUAAACAUCUGUUAACACACAAAACUUCCAAGGAUUUAAAAUGUCCUCAUUGUAGUUUUGAAACAAAUUACAAAAGGAGUUUGAAACGACAUGUCUUAUCACACAGAAGUAUUAAAGAUUUUAAAUGUGUCCAGUGUGAUUAUGAAACAAAUGAUAAAUACUGUUUUGACGCACAUCUCUUCAAACACAUGGCUCCCGUGGAUACAAAAUUAUACCGAUUGUGAUUAUCCAUCCUGUAAUGAUCGCCAUUUUCAAAUGUAUCUGCUGUCUAGGAUAUUCAAACAUGUCAAAUGCGCCCAGUGGGAUUCUGUGAAUGCAUAUUUCAAAGAGACCUCAAUAGCUUUAGCGAUUUAAUAUAUUCCCAUUGUGAUUAUGCAACAAACAAUGCAGUUUUUCAUCCAAUGUGGUCCGUGUGAUAAUGAUUCGUAAAAGACAAGUAGGUAUAUCUAUAGUUCCAAAUGAAGCAAGUUAUACAUUUGUUAAUUAUCAACCUGCACACAUCAAUGGGAUGGCAUCAUAGAAUCCGAAAUGUACCAUGCUCUUUUUGUUGGAUCUGAUUUUUACUACUCUCUCAAUCCAUUAAUGAAAUGAAACAGAAAGCAGACAGGCUUAUUUUGAAGGCAUACUUCUUUUUGAUAUUUGUUUUUUUGAUUUGUUGUUGUACUUCAUUUCAAUUAUGUAGGUACCAAAAGUGAUAUUAUAAUUCAUGUAUUAAUAUUUUAA